AAUGAAACCCCACAUAUACAUUCAAUCACAAUAAACUUACAUCACAGAAAAUAAAUUUGAGAAAACCAAACGGGAAACAAGAACUCUCUGAAAAUCUUCAAAUCUCAGCUCUGGCAACCCACAAGAAUCACCAAUCCUGGUUAAAUCCAUUUACUGGUUCAGGUGAAGAAGCCAAGAGAUCAUCAAAAAUGGUGUACACAUACACACCAACAUAUUACUCCACUCUCCAUGAUUCAAUCACCUCUCUCUGCAAAACUAUCCUUCCUUUUUCCUUCAAGAAACGGAGGUUGCCCGCUGCAGAACACAGGCUCUCCAAGCUGCAAUCUGAUAACUUGAAAUGGCAGCAAGAUUCUUUCCACCAGAUUUUGAACUUGAUGGGGCUCCACAAAGAAGGGAUCUUAGCGGAGAAUGAGGUUUCAGCUUUUCGAAUGCAUUUGCUCGAGACCCUUAUUGCUUCUCCAGUUGAACAUGAACAGCCAGUCAUUUUGAGAGACAAAUUAGUCUUCUUGCAGGAGCUGCUUUAUGCAAAAUGCAUAUCAGAAGAUGAGUAUCAUUCUUCAAAGAGACCUUUGUUACAAAGGCUAGCAGUUCAAGGGGCGGAAAUUGAGGCUAGAGAUGUUAUUGUUGCUGGCCCAAAAGAUCUCAGACAGAAUCCAGAAGAGGAGUGGUCCGUCAUUGAUUUAAAAGAUGAGAAAAGCUUUGCUGGUAAAGAAAAUUUAUCCUCUAAAAGCAGAUCUAAGCCUCAUUCAACAAUCAAGCAAAUCAAAGGAGCAGCUUCAGCUUUUGGCUUUGGUUCAUCUCACAAGCAAACAAAACACAGAGAAGAGAAGAGUAUAUUUGAAAUUGAAGCAAAAUUAUCCUCCCCUGGCAAUUUCAACAAUAGAGAAAGCGAAACCAAGUCUAUUCUCAUGCAAGAAAGCGUACCAAAUGAGUCCACAAAGGAAUGUGGAAGCAUUGACAAGGGAAAGAGGAAACCUUUUAGGACUCUGUUCCAAAGAGAGCAGAGGGAGACUCAAGGUGGCAGCAGCUAUGGCGGUGGCGAAAAUUUUCACAAUUCUGAAGAGAAUGUGUCAAAAUCAGCUAAAAAACAGUGGGGUUUUGAUGGGUUUAAGAAAUGGAAGAAAAAUGAUUCUGAUGAUGAGACUGCUCCUCUGCCUCUCAAUAACGAAAGGUCAGACAGUGAGUCCUAUUUAGGAUCCUGCCACCUUGUUGAUACCCCAAUUGGAGAGGGACCAGACACUAAACUGAUAAAGAGGAAGCUGCAUUCUAAUGGUUCUCCUUCAGAUUUUUUCAUUGACAAGGUUUUAGGGGACAAGAUAAAGAAGGAACUGACAAGAAUUCAAACAGAACUCUGCACCACAAACCCCAAUCUCAAAUUCUCGGAUGAUCAAAUGGAAGCAAUUUCCACCAAGCUCCCAGUAGAUAAGACAGAACUGAAAAAGUUCUUCCCCAAAUCAUGGUGUGAUAGAUAUGGAGAUGUGGUGUUGGAUGUAGUAAAGAAAGAGUUCAAGGACCAUGUUGGAGAACUGGAGAACAUGAGAAAUGCUGCCAGGGAGAGGCACAUUAACAACUCAAAGCGAUGGACGACAUUUGAAGAUGACAAUUAUGGUCAUGAGAACUUUCACCCAAAUCUUUUCGCCCACGGCAGCAGUAACAAGUGCUUUGAUAAUAGGAAUCCUUUCUUCCAUGAUUAUAGCAAUGAAAGCAAUGGAAAUAGGCUGAGAUCUGAACCAUCCUCUUUCCAAGACCAAAACCCUUUUUGGUCUCCAAGGCAUGGCCCUUCUUUGCUUGGUUAGAAUGCAGAGCAAGUAUCAGUAUUUUGUGUACUCUGAAAGAUGGAUUUGUAUGUUUAAUGCAGAGGCAAUUUACUUGUGUUUCUAUUGAAAAUGUAGUUGAUUAUGAAUAGUUGAAAGAAGAACACUGUUCUUCUUUUGUUGUAUGGAUUUUGAUUAGUCCGUGAUGUGAGAAUAUAAAAGCUGUUAUGCUAUUGAUGUUGAAGUUUUAUC